CGGGCCACCCACGGGCGGGCUCGUCGGCGGCGGGGCGGAGCCCGACGGUAGCUGCGCCCGGGGCGGGCGGCCGGCUGGCGCGGGGCGCGCCCGCGGAGAGGGUGCUGUCCCGGCGUCCGCGCUCGGCGGCGGCCCUCCGUGCGGCUCCCCCGUCCGGCCGGCGCGGGUCCCGCCCGGGAGGGCGGCGGGCGGUGGGCACGCGCGUGGACCGCGUGGCGGGCCGGCCGCCGAGUGCGCCGGGCGAGCGCGCUGCCGGAGGCUCCCGGCCGGCCGGUGGACGCGCGGGCUCCGCGAUGGACGGCGAGGGCCGCGGGCCCCUCUCCGGCGGCGGCCCGCCCCCCCGGCCCCGCUCCUACCAGAGCCCCAGCGGGCUGCUGGUCACCGAUUUCCCGGCCGAGGACCGGGCGCCGCCCCCCGCCCCGGCCGGUAGGACGGUGCCCCCCGGCGGCAGGGCUGUCUCCCCGCGGCUCCGACGGCCCAGGUCGCCCCGGGGCCCCAGGGCGGCGUCGGGCGGCCCCCCGGAGUCCCCGGCGAAGGGCCCGGCGGCCUCGCCCGCGCCGCAGCCCGUGCGCCCCCCGCGGACCGCAGCCCCGCCGGCCGCCCGGCCCCUGUCCGCGCCCGCGGAGAACGGGCUGUGCCCCCGGAGCCCCGGCCCGCGUGCGCUCGCCGCGCGGGCGGCCGAGGACCCCGCGUCCCCGGGGAGGCCGCCCCCGCGGGGGGACGCGCGCCCGGACGGCCCCGCCGUGGUCCUGAGCACCAACAGCCCGGCCGCCCUCAAGGUGGGCAAACAGCAGAUCAUCCCCAGGGGCCUGGCCUCGGAGACCAGGGCCAGCAGGCCCGGCGGCCAGGGCGCCGAGCCGCACCGGAGGCUGGUCAAGGCGCGCAGCAUGGUGGAGGGGCUCGGGGCGGCCCUGGGCCCCGCGCAGCCCGCGCCCCCGCCCGACGGCGCCGACGACAGCCCGGGCUCCCUGCGGAGGGGCCUGCGCUCCACCUCCUACCGCAGGGCUGUGGUCAGUGGCCUUGACGUGGACAGCCCGGCCACCUCGAAGAAGAAGAACAGAAUGUCCCAGCCUGUCCUGAGAGCCGUGCUGGAGGACAAGGAGAGGUUCUCCAGCCUGGGGAGGACGAAGAAAACAACGCUGAAAGGACAAGGAGCAUUUGAUGGGGAAGAAAACGCCGUCCUGUAUCAGAACUACAAAGAAAAGGCCCUUGACAUUGACUCUGACGAGGAGUCGGAGCCCAGAGAGCAGAAGUCAGAUGCAAGGAUCGUGGUUCAGCCCAAGCCGCUGAGGUCCACGUGGAGCCAGCUCUCCGCGGUGAGGAGAAACGGAUUAUCUCAGACAGUUAGCCAGGAGGAGAGAAAGAGACAGGAGGCUAUCUUUGAAGUCAUAUCCUCUGAACAUUCGUAUCUACUCAGCUUAGAGAUCUUGAUACGAAUGUUUAAGAAUUCUAAGGAACUGAGCGACACGAUGACCAAGACAGAGAGUCACCAUCUCUUCUCCAACAUCACGGACGUCUGUGAGGCCAGCAGAAAAUUCUUUACUGAGCUGGAAGCGAGACACCAGAGCAGCAUCUUCAUAGAUGACAUUAGUGACAUUGUGGAGAAGCACACGGCCUCCACCUUUGACCCGUAUGUGAAAUACUGCACCAACGAAGUGUACCAGCAACGGACGCUGCAGAAGCUGCUAGCCACCAAUCCGUCUUUCAAGGAGGUGUUGUCCCGUAUCGAGGCCCAUGAGGACUGCAGGAACCUGCCCAUGAUCUCCUUCCUCAUCCUGCCUAUGCAGAGGGUGACACGCCUUCCCCUGCUGAUGGACACCAUCUGUCAGAAAACGCCCAAGGACUCUCCGAAGUACGAGGUCUGCAGGAGCGCCUUGAAGGAACUUGUUCGGCUGUGCAAUGAAGGAGCCCGGAAGAUGGAAAGGACCGAGAUGAUGUACACGAUUAACUCCCAGCUGGAAUUUAAAAUCAAGCCAUUUCCCCUGGUCUCCUCUUCGCGGUGGUUGGUGAAGAGAGGCGCGCUGACGGCCUACGUGGAGGACGCUGGGCUCUUCUCGAGGAGGACGUCCAGACAGCAAGUGUACUUGUUUCUCUUCAACGACGUGCUCAUCAUCACCAGGAGGAAGAGUGAAGAAAGUUACAGCGUCAAUGAUUAUUCCCUGAGAGAUCAGCUGCUGGUGGAAUCUUGUGACAGUGACGAGCCUCAUUCCUCCCCGGGGAAGAACAGCUCCACCGUGCUUUACUCCCGACAGAACUCUGCCAGCCACCUCUUCACGCUGACCGUCCUUAGUAACCACGCGAAUGAGAAGGUGGAGAUGCUGCUGGGGGCCGAGACGCAGAGCGAGCGGGCCCGCUGGAUCACUGCACUGGGACACAGCAGUGGGAAUCGGCCUCUGGACCGCACCUCGCUGACCCAGGUGGAGAUCACACGAUCCUUUACCGCCAGGCAGCCCGAUGAGCUCUCCCUGCAGGUGGCAGACGUGGUCCUCAUUUACCAACGUGUCAGCGACGGCUGGUACGAAGGGGAAAGACUGCGAGAUGGAGAAAGGGGUUGGUUUCCUCUGGAAUGUGCCAAGGAGAUAACAUGUCAAGCUACGAUUGACAAGAACGUGGAGAGAAUGGGGCGUUUGCUAGGACUGGAGACCAACGUGUAGCCUCUCCGAUGGCCUUCUGUUGCUGCAAGAUGUGCACUACGUCACGGUGGGCUGGUUUUGUUAAUUUUAACACAGCCUGUUUAUUUACAAGAAUGACAACACUCGUCUUCAAGCUUGCCAGGUGGUUAUGCUCUCUCAGGAGAACAAAGCUCAGUGUGUGACAGGGAUCCUCCUGCACCCCCUCCGGGUGUGAACAGCACGGCUGAGUCCACUUCAGGGAUCGGCGGCCUCAGCUCCUAGUUCACCAUGUUCUGGCAUAAAAAUGUGUGUAAGAUGCUGUGUCCUGGUGUCCUCUGUGCUCACUUAACCAAGAUCACGCUGUCCCUCCUUCAACGUCUCCUCUCUGGUUCUCCCAGUAUUAGCAAGACCGUGUCUUUAAGGAAUGCCCAGUUCUGUAGACUUUUUUCCUGCCUCAUGUUCCAGCUCUGAUUCUAAGGCUCUGUUGGUUUUCUAAGGACCUGGCAGGGUUCUGAAGGUGAGCUGUUUUUCUGAACCCUUCCCAGGAAAGGAAAAUUGACACUUGAAUUUUUGUACCUCUUUCCUCAUUGAAGGGAAGUAAGGAGGCUUAAAGAGUUUUUUUUUAAAUCCACCUCACCCAAUAUUGGUCUUGGAUAAGCAUAGCCUCAUAAAACCUAAGCUACUCUAACAACAUAGGAUGUAGAUGGUUCACAUGUGUGGGAACAUCCUGACUAUAGGACAGGGGUCCUACUUUUUAAAAAUAUUCCUGAAUGAGCUGAUCAACUGACAUGAGGCUGCUGUGCCCUCAGUAACGCAAGGGUUUUGACUGUUCCUGCUCCUGUUUCCACCCAGGAAAUUGGCUGAAACGCACUAACAAUCUCAAGGAAGGUGAAGGUAGGCCAUCAGAGGUGUCAGGAAGCCAGCCCGGCACCUAAUGAAACGUAGCGUUUGACCUUACCGGGGCCCUUUUUAUUUGCACUAGAGGCCUUGCUUGCUGGAUUGGAGUCUGUUAACCUCGGGUGUCUACGGACCUUCAAGGAGGGAGAAAAGUCAUUUGAAUAGUAUGUUUCCUGAGGGGACGAGGGCUUGGAAGGCUGGGAGCGAGAAGGGAUGUUCCCUGGCAGCCUAGUUCCCCGCCUCCCCCCUUCUCCUCCACAAAGGGACAAAAGCUGGCAGGGGGCACGUUGUUCUUGUUUGAGGGCUCAGAGCUAUGUUGACAUGUCCCAGUUACUCUGGGCCAGCCAGUUACCCAGGUGGAGAAUCAAGUUGUGGAAGCCCGGGGUGGGAGGUAGGCUUGGCUCACACGCCGUGUCCCACCUCGGCCAUGAGCCAGCCUGGGCACUGGGCCCCUCGCCCGGAUGGCUCUCCUUUAUCCAUGCAUCAUGCAUCCAUUUCUAGGUGUAAGAGCCACACCAGGCCCUGAGUUCCUGGGGUCUGGGUCAGUCCAGGAGAUAGGAGGUUGGUGACACAGGAAGUCUGUCUCUCCUUAAGGUCUCAGACUUUCUGGAGGAGGGGCUAACAGUUCGUAAUCUAAUCUAACGGGAGGUUUUCAUUUAGGAAGGAAGGUAAAUUUGUUGCUUGCAAAGGGAUCAUUUUGUAUUAUUUUUGCUAAUACCCAGUUGAAGCUAAAAGCAACUGUACGAGUCCUGUGAAUUAAUUUAUAAGUAGAGAUGUUAACAGUUUUGGAAAUUUGUGCAUCUUAUGAAUCAAAGCCUUAUUUAGCGAGCAGGUCAAUACUGUUACUAGAUGAAGCGUUAUUUUACGGCAGGCGUUUACCACAUUCACAAUGUUUAGGUUCAACCGUGAAUUGUUUUUACAUGACACAGUGUUGUUUUCAAACCUAGUUCAGUUCCUAUGAAUCGCUUCUCUGAAUUGUACAGUGACUUCACUCAGUAACCUGUGGAGAACAGAAGUGUUCAUUUUUGUCCCUAUGAAUUGAGACUGCUUGUACACUUUUGGUGAAAUAUGUGAAUUUAUAAAGAUUUUGUAUAUACUUGU